CCAUUGAGAAAGAUCGGAUCGACCGAAACAUGCCCUCCUUUACAGGCUGGAUUUCCAUUUCCACCCACCUCGUAUCAAUUGGGAACGAGAAAGGCGAUCUUAACAAGCGUAGAUGAACGAUUGUUUACGAUAUCGGGAAGAGUGGCUGUUGACGAAGACGACCAUCUUUCGUGCGCAACGACGAAGAUUCGAUUUUUGAUCGUCGUACUAUUACUUGAACAUUUCGUACCGGACGUAGGAAAGGCGUUUUCGGUGAUAAUCUCUGGAGUUACUGAAGAUGUCUCUAUAUUUGUGGAAGAUGUGCUAGUUAAAGCAUUUGUUUAUUCGUUUACUAGUUGGUUAUCACUUUUUCAACCCCAAUGCAUGAGACGUCGGUGGGAAGGGCAACUUCAAUUCCAGAAUUGGGACGCGUUGAACCAGAGAUUGAAUAUCGAGAUUAUUGGAUGGGUCAAGGAACUUACUGAAGAUGGUCCUAUGUUGUGGAAGAUGUGUUGGUUAAAGCGUUUGUUUUAUCGUUUACUAGCUGAUUAUCAUUUUCAACUGCAAGGCAUGAGAAGUCGGUGUGAAGAGGAACUUACUAUUCAAGAAUUGGGAUGCGUUGAAACAGAGAUUAAAUAUCGAGAUUAUUGGAUGGUCAAGGAACGUGCCGUUAACAGACUGAAAGCGGAAAU